AUGAGGAGGAGAGCGGGCAGUGGGCGCUGGGAGCGGGGCCGUUGAGGUGUGUUGUCAGUCCACAGUGUCGCCAGUACUAGCACAAUGAUGCGAGGACCAAGUUAUGACGAUGCGUACAUCACGCGAAAGAUGUCGCAGAUGCCCACCUUCAGCUCCCCCUCCUACGGACGCCCACCCAUGGGUGGCUACAUGCAGGAUCCCUACGGCUACGACUACAUGCCAAGGCAGAGCAGCCUAACAAUGAGGCCAAAGAAAAGCGAGAAGCGAGGCGCCAGCAAGAAGACCCAUCGCAGCCUCAGCCCGCCCUUGCCCUACCUGUGGCCCGAGCUUGACAAUACCAAAAUGGAGCGCACUCAAUCGAAGGGUUGGUACCGCGUGGACUUCGGGCCGCACCGUACCACGGAGACCUGGUACCUCCCCACGGUUAAGGAUAAGCUUAGGUUCCUCAUGGACAAGAGCGCUUCCGACCCCCACAAACCCCACCGGGCCAGCUCCAUGCCGGCGCCCCCGUCGAGGCCCCGGAAAAAAUUGAUCGACACCGAGUUCGAGCCGUACACGUCCCCCAGGUUCUCCACGUACUACGCCUCGGCGGACAGCUCCGUCCCGCUGGUCUUUUACAGAACGGACCGGGCGUCCUCGAGGAAGAGGCCAACCUCUUGGUCUUCGGAGGUGGUGCCUUACACGGCCCGUCUCAGGCUGACGGCGCCGACGUCGGCCAUCUCCCGAAUCCCCCGCACCAGGGCCCUCAGCCUCCCACCAGCCCGCAUAUCUUCCACCGCACGGAGCGGCUACCCUCCCAUGGGCCCCCCACCCCCGCGCAUGGCCCCCCGCACCAUGGGCCCCUACUACGACUACGACUACGGUUACGGAGGAGGCUACGGCGCGGGCUACGGCGGGGGCUACAGCGGCUAUGGAGGGGGCUACGUUCCGCCACCAAGGAUGAGCCGCUACGACAGCUACCUGGAUGACGAGUUCUUGGAGCCGAGCACCUACGUUCCCCGCUAUCGUCCUCGCCUGCAUGACCACCUCGACGAUGCCGACUUCCGCGAAAAGAUCACCACCACCCCACAGGGCACCACCGCAACCACCACCAUCACCCCUAGGGCCGUCGACACCUCCGUUCGGGGCUAUACUCCUGGCGCCCCCGCCCCGAGAGGCCUGGAAGGCCCCGACGACAGCAUGGCUCUGGUGCCCCACCGCAGCCAGCGGCCCAGGCGGGCGCACCUCGAGUCCGGCCCGCGCCCCGAGACCGCGGUGGUGCCGGGAGGCGAGUCCGAGGGCGACCGCCACCUGGCCCGCCUGGAGCGCCGUUACCCCAGCCUUUCUGAACCGCAGAUGCUCCAGGACCACGUCGACAAGAUGCGCAUCAAGCUCAAGUCCCUGGCCUUCUCGCUCGACCCGUCCGGCCCCGUCCCCGACAUCAUCAUCCCCGAGAAGAGGAAGCCGACCGAUGCCUCCGACUCCAAGUACUCCAGGGCCCUGGAUUUCGCGGAGCUUCCCAAGUUGGCCUCCCGCAGACAGCGAUACUACCCUGAGGACGAGCACAUGAAAGACAACCUUAGGAUCAAGUGUCUGAGCCACUACAAGACCACACGCACCGCCGCCGAUGCGUCGCGGAGUGGAGAUUACUGGAAGCCCAAACAGUACAUUCCUGACGAGUCACUCAAGGUGAUGCCCGACUCGUCAUACCGCUCCACCGCCAAGACCGGUGCCCAGUGGGAAGAGCCAGACACAGUAUUCGGCGCUGCCUCCGACAAGAAGCCAUUCUCUAAGGUAGAGACUGGCUCCUCCUUCUUCUCCACCUAUGGUUACACCAACCGAAAGAAGGACUAUGUGGCAGAGAAGGUGCGUGAUUAUUACUACUUCGGGGACAAGGCGAAGGACACAGGCCACGUGCGCUUCAACGGAACAGCUACUAAGCCCCUCGCCGACGGCGCCGAGGAGAUGUCCGAAGAGAAGAAGGAGCGCAGGAAGAAGAAGAAGUCGAAGGAGCGCGAUGUGGUUGGCGAGCUGGAGGCGGCGCCCGCCACCCCGACCUCCACCUCCGAGCUGGAGUCGUCCUCCGUGGCCCCCGCCUCCGCUCCCGCCGAGACCAAGGGCCUCGAUGGCGACGCGGCGCCCGUGUCCGAGGAGCAGGUGGACGACGAGAAGGAGCGCAAGAGGCUCGAGAAGAAGAAGAGGAAGGCCGAGCGUGAGGCCGCCGCCAAGGCCGCCAUGGAGGCCGAGCUGGCCGCCCUCGCCGCCGCCGAGGCCGAGCUGGCCCGCCUCGAGGCCGAGAGCAACUCUCUGAAGACGGACGCACCCGCCGCGGUCCCCGAGGUUUCCGCCCCCGCCGAAGUGUCCGCCCCAGCUGAGGUUUCCGCCCCGGCCGAGCCCGCUGCCGAGGUGAAAAGUGAGUCCGCUGCUGAAAAAUCUGGCGAGCCUAGCAAAGCCACAAGGAAAUUGCAAUCUGCUACCAACAAGAUUCUUGCAGUUGGGGCAUUUUUUCGCUCACAUGUAACACAGAAGAAAUCAGGAAAGGAAGCAGAAGACACGACCCCCGUCACCACCACCGAACCCGACGCCGGCCAAGGGGGAACUGAGGAGACUGCUGACGCUGCUGCUGGCGCUACUGCUGACGAUGCAACCACCUUUGCUACCAGGUCCGACGAGCCUCUGGAGUAGAUGUUUUCUUUGGCAAACAAAAUCAAAUGCUGUCGCCAUGACGAGCACUCCUCCGCUGUGUUAUAUCUUUUGUAAAAUGGCGAGUCUCUUUUCUUCUUGUAAAGAUCUGGAACGCCCUUUGCUCUUGCACCAUCGAAUUCUCAAAGGGUCGUGAUAUUCUCAUUAAUUUAGCAAUAUAACGGUACAGAGAAGAGCAAUUAUAUUCUCUAUCAUAUUAUUUUUUCUUCUGUUUUCGAAUUUCUUUUGAGAGGAAGUUUGGGUUUUGUACCUAAGACGGAUUAGCGUCACUAAAAUAUGCCUAAAUAAUGCAACUUGAGAAGUAACACCACCUCCACAUAAAAUAUUUUAGUAUCUCCUUAAAAAGUACAGCGAGAAAAUUCUGUUACCUAUUUUCUUUGUCUGGGGGACUGUGCUAUAGUGUGCCUCCGGGGUCGCUAUGGCAUUUCAGCUCCUGGCCAGCGUAGUAUUUACGUUAUUUAGUUUUGUAUUUCGUUAUUUUGAAGUGAUUUUUUUGAAUAUUGUGAAUGGAUCAAGAUUGGAUAUUGUAUCAAAGAUUAUACCAGGUUAUUUAUAACUUGAUUUGAUUGUGUUUAUUAUGUAAAUUAGCAGGCAGGAUCAGUAAACAAAAUUGUGCAAUUAGAUUAUGACGUACGAGACGGUUUAUGUUUCAAUGUAGCUUCUUCUGGCACUUUCUCACAGGGUUGUGUAUAAUGUCCGAUUCCUGAAUUCUUUACCAUAACCCAAAGAGAAGCAAGCGGAAAUUGCUCGCGCUUCCACGAUGCUCGCACGCCUCCCGCGCCAGACAUUGUGAAAGCUGCACUUGAGUGGUGGUUUAGAAUUCAGGACCAUGUAUGUGUUCCCUGUGUUGCAGUAUAACGUAAGUGAUGAGUGAUUUAUGUGUGCGCAGAUACGCAACACUAUCCCGGACCUUAAAGUUUGUAAAUAAGAAAGAGAGAUUACUGGCUCACUGACGAGGCCCAGAACCCAGGUCGGAAUCCACGGAGAUGAUAGUGUUGCUGCUUGUGCAAAUGCGAGUUUGUUUUGUUUUGUUUAUUUUUUUUCAUCAGAAAUGGGCUGGGAAUCAUAAUAAAUGUAGGCAACUCGCACGCAGGAACUGUCAGUCCUAAAUCAUUUUCAAAAAAAUGAUAUAAGUUUGCUAGUAAUCAGCUUAUUUGAAAUAUGUUGUGAUUAGUCUUUAAAAAAAGAUGAAUACUUAAUCGUCGCGUUUCGAUGAUUUCAUUACUUUAUUAAUUUAUUUAUUUUGCGUCUGCGUCUACCUUCUUCCUGAUGAUUAUGUCUUGUUCACAAUAAAGAUGUUAACCACAGGGUAA